GAAAAAUCCCCGUGGGCGGGUGGGUGUAAAUGUUCGAGAGUGCGCGUGCGCUCGCGAUGCUCAUGACGUCUCCGGUGCGAGCAGACUGGGCAGUCGGGAGGGCUCUACUACACCUAGAAAGGAGAGUGAGUACGUCAGUACACCCCGAAGGGACACUUGACAAGGAAGAAGUAGCCGGUCCCUUAACAUAUUAAGCCUUGAAAAACGAGAGCUUGUUGUUUACCCCCUCCAUCACAGUGCGUAUGCAGGUGACACCGAAGAAGAAUGGCACAAUGACAGCGUUUGGACUUUAUAGGAGCCUUCUUCAUUUCUAACGGUGAUCAUUAGAUGGAAUAUUCGCAGUAGUCGUGUAGUGUAGGACUGUCAGUUGUCAAGCCGAAAAGAAGACCACACAGAAGACAGUCAUGGAUCAGAGAGUUGAUAGAAUGAUCAGCUAGCGUUUUAUGUGGCCGUUCUACAAGAUCCGAGGAGAAACCGAAGACAGCGCACCAGGAGCGGCUCGGGCAGAAUGGAUUUCAGCACCAUUCGGAACCUCAUCACUAGAUGCUGUACAGGAGAGGAGAGCUGGGUGGACAGCAGAACGGUGUAUAUUGGACAUAAAGAACCUCCACCAGGAACUGAAGCGUACAUUCCACAGAGAUUUCCCGACAACAGGAUUGUCUCCUCAAAGUAUACUUUUUGGAAUUUUAUACCGAAGAAUCUGUUUGAACAGUUCAGACGAAUCGCCAAUUUCUAUUUCCUGAUCAUCUUUCUAGUGCAGCUGAUCAUUGACACCCCUACCAGUCCUACGACCAGCGGUCUGCCACUUUUCUUUGUCAUCACCGUCACGGCCAUUAAACAGGGCUAUGAGGACUGGAUCAGACACAAAGCAGACAACGCUAUAAACCAAUGUCCAGUCCACGUCAUCCAACAUGGCAAAGUUGUACGAAAACAGAGUCAAAAGCUACGGGUGGGUGACAUUGUUCAGGUAAAGGAGGAUGAGACAUUUCCAUGUGACCUCAUACUGCUGUCCACCUGUCGAGAAGAUGGAACAUGUUUCGUCACAACAGCCAGCUUAGACGGAGAGUCCAGCCAUAAGACCUAUUAUGCAGUUCAGGACACAAAGGCAUUCAACACAGCAGAGGAGGUGGACACACUACACGCUAUCAUAGAAUGUGAACAACCCCAGCCAGACCUGUACAAAUUUGUGGGACGCAUCAAUAUUUAUUUGGAUCGAGAUGAGCCCAUCGCGAGACCUCUGGGUUCUGAGAACCUGCUGCUUCGAGGGGCCACACUGAAAAACACUGAAUGCAUAUAUGCUGUGGCCAUCUAUACGGGAAUGGAAACCAAGAUGGCCCUCAACUACCAGUCCAAGUCUCAAAAACGCUCAGCCGUUGAAAAAUCUAUGAAUGCCUACCUGAUUGUGUACCUCUGCAUUCUGAUAAGUAAAGCUCUGAUUAAUACUGUACUGAAGUAUGUCUGGCAGGCCGACCCGAACAGAGACGAGCCCUGGUAUAACCAGAAAACAGAGACAGAGAGGCAACGACAUGUAUUAAUCCGAGCGUUCACUGAUUUCCUGGCCUUUAUGGUUUUAUUCAACUACAUCAUUCCUGUAUCCAUGUAUGUAACCGUGGAGAUGCAGAAGUUUCUGGGCUCGUACUUUAUUCUGUGGGACGAUGACAUGUUUGACGAGGAGCUCGGAGAGAGGCCACUCGUCAAUACAUCAGACCUUAAUGAAGAACUGGGACAGGUGGAAUAUGUCUUCACAGACAAGACAGGCACUUUGACAGAAAAUAACAUGGAGUUGAGGGAAUGUUGUGUGGACGGGCAUGUUUACGUGCCACAUGCCAUCUGUAACGGGCAGGUCUUACCUGGAGCCGCUGGCAUGGACAUGAUUGACUCUUCUCCAGGCGUAGAUGGAAAGGAGCGCGAGGAGUUGUUUUUCCGUGCGUUGUGUCUGUGUCACACAGUCCAGGUGAAGGAAGAGGAGACGGUGGACGGCAUUAAGAGAGGAAUACAUCAGGGCAAAUCUACAUCCUUCUACAUCUCCUCUUCUCCAGACGAGGUGGCACUGGUGGAGGGCAUGAAGAGGUUGGGCUUCACCUAUAUGCGUCUGAAGGACAGUCACAUGGAGAUCCUCAACAGAGAGGAUGAGAUGGAGAGAUUUGAACUGUUGGAGGUGUUGAAUUUUGAUUCGGUGAGGAGGAGAAUGAGUGUCAUCGUAAGAUCAAACACAGGAGAGUACUACUUGUUCUGUAAAGGUGCAGAUUCCUCUAUUUUCCCACGGGUGGUUUCUGGGAAGGUGGAGCAGGUCAGGGCACGAGUAGAGCACAACGCUGUGGAGGGUUUACGGACUCUAUGUGUGGCAUACAAGAAGCUGACUCAUAAAGAGUAUGAGGAGGUGUGCCGUCUCCUCACCAGUGCCAAACUGGCUCUGCAAGAACGUGACAAGAAACUGUCUGAAGCUUAUGAUGUCAUCGAGAAGGAUUUCAUCCUGCUGGGAGCCACAGCUGUGGAAGACAGGCUUCAGGAUAAAGCAGCUGACACCAUUGAGUCCCUGCACAAGGCUGGUAUGAAGGUAUGGGUCCUCACAGGGGACAAAAUGGAGACUGCAGCAGCCACAUGCUAUGCUAGCAAGCUGUUCCAUCGCAAUACACAGAUCCUGGAACUAACAACCAAAAGGACAGAAGAGCAGAAUCUCCAUGACGUUCUGUUUGAUCUGAGCAGGACCGUCCUAAGACAACAUGGCAGCAUGACCAGGGACAUUUUCUCAGGGCUCUCAGCUGAUUGCCAGGAUUACGGUCUGAUAAUCGAUGGGGCGACACUGUCAGCUGUACUGAAACCAACACAGGACGGUACCAGCAGUGGAGGAAAUUAUAAGGAAAUUUUCUUGGAAAUCUGCAGAAAUUGCAGCGCAGUCCUCUGCUGCCGUAUGGCACCCUUACAAAAAGCACAGAUUGUUAAAAUGAUAAAAGCAUCAAAAGAACACCCAAUCACGCUGGCCAUUGGCGACGGAGCCAAUGAUGUCAGCAUGAUCCUGGAAGCUCACGUGGGAAUAGGGAUCAUGGGUAAAGAGGGGCGUCAGGCGGCCCGUAACAGUGACUAUGCAAUUACCAAGUUCAAACACCUGAAGAAGAUGCUGCUGGUUCACGGGCACUACUAUUACAUCAGAAUCGCUGAGCUGGUCCAGUACUUCUUCUAUAAGAAUGUGUGCUUUAUUUUUCCUCAGUUUCUCUAUCAGUUCUUCUGUGGCUUCUCUCAGCAGCCACUAUACGACACGGCAUAUCUGACCCUGUACAAUAUCAGCUUCACGUCGUUACCCAUCCUCCUGUACAGCUUGAUGGAGCAGCACAUUAACAUGGACAUCCUCAAACGGGACCCCUCUCUCUACAGAGAUAUUGCGAAGAACUCCCUCCUGAGAUGGCGCAUCUUCGUCUACUGGACAUUUCUGGGGGUUUUUGAUGCAAUGGUCUUCUUCUUUGGUGCUUUCUUCCUUUUCGACAACACAACCUUCACCAGCAACGGACAGCUAAUGGCCACCAACACACAGAUGAUGUUUGGAAAUUGGACAUUCGGAACACUUGUGUUCACUGUCUUGGUGUUCACAGUCACGUUAAAGCUUGCCCUGGACACACAUUACUGGACGUGGAUUAACCACUUCGUCAUAUGGGGGUCUCUGCUUUUCUAUGUGAUCUUCUCUCUCCUGUGGGGAGGCAUCAUUUGGCCUUUCCUGAACUAUCAGAGGAUGUACUAUGUGUUCAUGCAGAUGUUGUCCAGUGGUCCGGCAUGGCUCAGUAUAAUUCUGCUGAUUAUAGUCAGUCUUCUGCCUGAUGUGGUGAAGAAAGUGUUGUGUAGAGCUCUAUGGCCUACAACCACAGAGAGAAUACAGAAUGCUGAUAGACUAUAUAAGGGCCACCUCUCAGAGUUCAGCCCCCUCUCCUCCCUCCACGCUCCACAUGCGCGGAAACACGACAGACAGGGCAGUGAGAGCCAGAACCACGCCCACUGCAGAACAAACUGGUGUUGCCUUUGUGCAAACGUGUUAUCGAGGAACACUCCAUAGACUGCAGUUGUCUUUGUCAGAUUGCAUUUGUUGCUUUCCUGGAGCGGUCCUCUUUCAUCUAAUCGCCACCUAUUUCCUUGCAUGUGUUUCCUCAUCCAUCAUUCAGUUCUCAUGUGGCCAGUCCCCAUUUCACCGUUUUAACCAUCAUCCAUGUUAGAGUCAGGGUUUUGGUUAGAGAGAGUAGGUGAUGUCAAAGACUAUCAAGCUCACUGGUUUGAUUGGUACUCCAAGCUUCUUGUGGGUAGGUGCCUUCUGGUGCUUUUUCACCUCAGUGUAUGUUCAUGCAUUCAGUUCAGUGAAGUGUCGAAUUCUGGGAAACUCCAGCAUGCACAUACGUAUGUUGCCCGUCAGUUGGCCUACAACAGAGAAUGUCUUUUUAUAGAAUGGUGUUAUGGGUAAAGUUAGUUUGUUAAGGGGUGUAAGGGUCACUUUUGGACAUUUAUUUUUGUGGUUAAUGAGAUUUAAUUUUGAUGAAAUGUCACAGUCGGUAUAGCAACAAUGCAAUGUCCUUUUUCAUGCACACAUUAUACUGUAUCUAAAUCUAGAAUAUAUUGAUGAGUAUAUUGAUGUCAAGGUUUACAAAGGGCAAGUGGAUGAAUGAAUAACAUAUUUAUCUAAUAUUUUCACUGAAUAAUUUCAUUUAUGGUCCAAAAGUGGAUCAUUUUACUCAUAUAAAAUCUGUAAGUCAAACUCAAAAACUGUUUCAUUGAUUAUCGAGAUCUGAAUAUUUGCAUGUUCUAUGUCGCCGUAGUAAUGGACCAACCACUGAGCUUUAUGAAGCAUUGUCAUGUCAUAUUUUCAUUAAUAAACCAUUUUUAUAACUUCUGUUAAAGUGUCUCUGAGUCCAGUUCAAGUCAUGUAAUGCACAUCAACGAUACAACUCUGGCAAAUCUAAAAGAAAACAAGAAUGUGCUGAAGUUAUGUUAUUGAGGUAUCCUAAUAAUAAUAGGGGUAAACUGAUUCAUUCAUUUCAGUCUGUCACUGUAUUUAUAUUAUUGUUUUGCAUUCUACUGUAUUUCUUACCACUUUUAUCCACUAUUGCUGUUGCUCAACAGCUCUCUCUGGCUUCCUGAAUGUAACAAAAAGAAAAAAGCUAUUGCUGUGCACUACAAAAAUUGCAUAGUGUUAAUCAUGUAGCCGAGAAUAAAAGCUACAUAUUACCACCGCUCAAAGAAGUUUAUUCUAGAACAAAUACCCCGUUCACAAUUGUUUUUGUGUGUGUGUGUGUGUGAGUGUAUGUGUGUUUCUUUUUGUGUGUUUUUCUGUGUUUCCGAUAAACUAUUGUUUUGAAUCAGAACAAUUUUUUUGUAAUGUAGGAAUCAUUUUAUCACUAAACGCUGGCUGCUUCGGGUGCAUUCAGGCACUGGUAAACACUGUAUUGUGUCUAUCUGAAAUGGCUGUAUGAUAUAGGUAUUUUGUAUAUCUUGUGAAAAUUUCUUUUUGCUACUUUUGUAUCUAGAGGAUGAAGAGAACUUACUGUUACAGAGUUAGAAUGUUACUGUUUUAAAAACAACCAAAAGGUCAGUGGAGAAAUCAGUUGCAGUAAAAACAAAAUAAAAAAAAAAUAAAAAAAUAAAAAAGCUUUAACUGUCUGGGGGAAUUAUUUUAAACAAAACAUGUGGAAUAGUUCUUAAAAUGACAUUUGCAUGGACAUUGCUCACACCGACACUAGAAAGACAAAUGAAAUACAGUCAUUGUUUUAAAGGCAGGUGUGACCAAAUAUUUGAUUAGAUGCUACGAUUGAAGGCUUUACUGUCUGUAGUGGGGCUUAAUCUGUGCCAGCCUAUUCAGAUUAACACAAUAUAUUUAACUUUUUUGAUUCAUCUGCACAAAGCGUGAUGUUGCUCAUCAAUUUAUUAUAUGUAUGUAUAGUACUGUACACUUUACUGCUUAUAUGUAGUAAUAUUCAUGUACAGUUUUGGCUCCUUUUGUAUAAAGUUUUUAAAAGGUUGAUAUCUGUAGAUAUGUGGAUAUUUGCCAUUUUUUUCUGUAGCCAUUAACAGCAAGAUAAAGUAAAUUUGCUUGUAAUAAAGAAAUGUAA